AUGAUGGCGACUGAUGGGACGACUUUGCGCUGGAAAGCCGAGGAUGAAGAGGCGACAAGUGGUGUGCCAUUAGCAGCUGUUCGAAGGAUUUCAAGCCAAAGAACGAUUGAUCCCAAAUCCGCGAUCCCAAUCCAACACCGAACUCUCUCCUUUGACAUUGAAGAUGGCAGCGACAGAAAAGCCCGCGGCAAACGCCGGUCUGACAAGAACAAAGUCGUUGAAGAAUGGCGAAAUGCGGAAUGGCACACCAUGUCGUGUACGGAGAUCGAGAAGCAGCUAGAUGUCGAUUCCGGGAAGGGUAUCUCCUCGGCCGAUGCUAGAGCCAGGACGGGGCAAUAUGGCCCAAACAAGAUAUCACCUCUGCCAAACCCAUGGGUCUGGAAGGUAAUUGGGUAUUUCUUCAAAGGAUUUGGAAGUAUCUUGCUCGUCGGAGGUAUCUUGGUUUUCAUCUCGUGGAAACCACUAGGACAGCCUCCUGCAGUCGCCAAUCUCGCCCUUGGUAUUGUAUUGAUAGCAGUCUUUGUUAUCCAAGCUGCGUUCAAUGCUUGGCAAGACUACUCUUCGUCCCGAGUCAUGGCAUCCAUCACCGCAAUGCUUCCAGAAAGUUCGUCUGUUCUUCGUGACGGCGCGCGAGUGUCGAUCUCGGCUACCGAGCUUGUUCCUGGAGACACUUUGAUCCUCAAGGCGGGAGAUAAGAUACCAGCCGACAUCAGAUUUAUUCAAGCAUCCCAGGAUCUGAACGUCGACAGGUCUGUUGUUACAGGAGAGUCUAACCCAGUCAAAGCAAGUAUCGACUCCACAUCGGAUAACUACCUCGAGACACGAUGCAUUGGCCUUCAGGGUACGCACUGUGUAUCUGGCAAUGGAGUUGGAAUCGUUGUCGCGACUGGUGACUCGACUGUAUUCGGACGUAUUGCUAAACUGGCAGGCGAGCCGAAGACCGGCUUGACAACCAUCGAAAAAGAAGUGCUGCGUUUUACAGGAUUGAUCUUCAUAAUAAUGGUGACCUGGAUCGUAAUCCUAGCUGCAGUCUGGGGUGGUUGGCUUCACAAGGCACAUCCCGACUAUAUUAAUGUGCCAACGCUGAUUGUCGAUUGCGUGAGCGUCGCUAUUGCUUACAUUCCUGAGGGCCUUCCGAUCGCUGUCACGGCUAGUUUGACGAUCGCAGCAAACUUGAUGCGAAAGAACAAGGUUCUAUGUAAAUCCCUGAAAACUGUGGAGACUCUAGGGUCUGUAACAGAUAUUUGCACGGAUAAGACAGGAACCUUAACUCGGAAUCGAAUGGCUGUGACAGAGUAUGCUGUUCACGUCACAAUGUCUACCUUGGACUCUACGGGGGUACACACAGCCAGCAGACUAGAGCGCCCCGUUUUGCAACAACUACAGGCCCUCGCGGGUCUUUGCAACGCCGCUGAGUUUGAUGAAAACAGUGCUGCUGACACCCCUCUCAGUGAGCGGCGGAUUUUUGGCGAUGCAACCGAUCAAGCUAUCCUACGAUUCUCGGAGGGUCUUGGCUCUGUGGCCCAACUCCGCAGAUCCUGGAAGACCAUUUACAAUCUUGCAUUCGACAGCAAGAAUAAAUUCAUGAUCAAGGUCCUGAAGCCAGAAAGUAAAGAAGCGUGCAGCCAGUGCCUUUCUACCCGCGAAUUCGCCCAGCUGGAAGCCGGGAGUCCUCUGUUGACAAUCAAAGGUGCUCCGGAUAUUCUUAUUGAGAGGUGCUCAGAGAUCUUGCGUCCCGAUGGAGAAGUGAAGUCUCUCACGGGUGUAGAUCUUGCAGCCAUGAAGCAGCUAAAAGACCAGUGGUCUUCCCAGGGAAAGCGAGUGCUUCUGCUAGCACGCAAGGUUCUCGACGCAAAUAACAUCAUGCCCGAUCCUUCCUCGGCCGAAUACGAGGCUGCUGUGAUGACCGAGGCAAGAUCAGGCCUCACGCUGGUCGGCUUGGUUGCUUUGAUCGAUCCUCCGAAGGUCGAAAUUCCGGAAGUCAUUAAAACUCUUCGAGGAGCACAGAUCCGAAUCUCAAUGGUCACAGGUGAUUUCGGACUCACUGCGCUGGCCAUCGCGCGCCAGUGUGGAAUCGUCAGCACUGAUGUAGUCCAUGAUGCCGCGGCCCUCCCUAGAUCUUUAUCUGACGAAAAGGGCGGUGAUAUAUCUCAAGCUGCCCUGCUGGUCAGCGGCCCAGAGCUGAUUACCUUCAACGAGUACCAGUGGGAACAAUUGUGCCAGUAUUCAGAAAUUGUGUUUGCGCGGACCACUCCUAACCAAAAGCUCCGGAUCGUACGCGAAUUUCAGUCAAGGCAAAGGAUUGUCGCCAUGACUGGCGACGGCGUGAAUGACGCACCUGCUCUUAAAGCUGCUGACAUUGGCAUCAGUCUUGCUAGUGGAUCUGAUAUCGCUAUCGAAGCAGCGGAUAUGGUCCUCCUUGAUUCCUUCGCGGCGAUCGUCGCUGCCGUCCAAUAUGGACGUGUCGUGUUUGAUAACCUCAAAAAGACCGUUGCGUACCUUUUGCCGGCAGGGUCAUGGUCUGAAUUCUGGCCGGUCUUCUGUAAUCUGGUGUUUGGUAUGCCCCAGAUCUUGUCGUCCUUCCUGAUGAUCAUUAUUUGCUGUUUCACCGACUGUGCUGCGGCUGUGGCCCUCGCGUAUGAAGCCCCGGAAGCAGAUGUGCUCACUCGGCCUCCUCGUCACCCAACCAAGACUCGGCUUGUGAAUUGGAAGCUUAUGUUCCAUGCGUACUUCGUGAUCGGUAUGAUAGAAACAGCUCUAUCCUUUACCAUGGCUUUCUGGUACCUCCAGAGAAACGGGAUCUAUUUCUCCGAUCUCUGGUUCAAAUUCGGUGCUGUGCCUCCCAAUGUAACCGAAGCCUUUUAUACGGCCAGGGUGAACGAAGCAAGCUCAAUUUACUUCAUUAAUCUGGUCAUUAUGCAAUGGUUCAAUCUGAUGGCAGUUCGGACUCGCCAUCUAUCGAUCUUCCAGCACCCUCCUGCAUUCAAUAAGACGACCCAGAACUUAUGGUUGUUCCCCGCCAUAGUGUUCGCUCUCGGUAUUUCGGUGAUUUGGCUGUAUAUCCCAAGCUUGCAGAAGACCUUGGGCACUUCGGGAAUCCCCGCCGAACAUUAUUUUCUUCCCGCUGCCCUAGGGCUCGGCCUGUUGUGCCUUGACGAAGGUAGAAAAGCCGCUGUACGCCGUUGGCCACGCGGAGUCCUGGCGAAGAUGGCAUGGUAG